CCUCCUCCUCCUCCUCUGUGCGGCACUGAUCACUCCUCAUAGCCUUCAGAGGCUGCGCUGCCCUGUAACACGCCGCUCCUGCCAGCGGAGAACCAGGCGGAUACACCGAUGGCUCGUAUUUCUGUUGACUUUCACAUUAUGUUGUUGUGUGUCGCAGUUUGUCUCCCACCACCUGGCUUCUCGCCAUCAGCCUGGCCGGCUGUAUGAUCGGACUGACUGAAGGUUAAUGUCCGGAGUGUGACAGCAGCCAAGCGGAUUGGUGCAGGCGGUGAAUGCGCUUUGAAAACCUCCAUCUCUGCCCGACUGAGAGUCGCCUGGAGCUGUCUGGCUGCACUCCCAUGACUCUGAGCUCCUGAAGAGUUAGAAGAUUUCGAAAAAGAAAAAGAAAGAAAACGUUCGCCAUCACUCUCACAGCCCACUUGAUUCCUCUAUGGGUUCCCGCAGUCAAGGCUUCUUCCACCAUCAUCACCACCACCACCGCAGCUCCAUGGUUCCCACUACGGUGCCCAGGCUGCUGCCUGAGAAUGGCAGCCUGCUGGGGGGCAUCGCGCAAAUCACCCCCAAUCUCUUCCUCAGCAGAGGUAACGUGGCAUCCAACCGCAGCCUGCUGCUGUCCAAAGGCAUCACCUGUGUGGUCAACGCCACCAUUGAGCUCCCCAACUUCAACUGGCCUCAUAUGGAGUAUGUAAAGGUCCCUCUGGCAGACAUGCCCCACUCCCCCAUCUCCUUGUACUUCGACAGUGUGGCUGAUAAGAUCCACAGUGUGGGACGAAAGCGAGGGGCCGUGCUGGUGCACUGUGCAGCUGGCGUGAGCCGCUCAGCCUCCCUGUGUCUGGCGUACCUCAUGAAGUAUCACCGCGUGUCUCUGGCAGAGGCCCACGCCUGGGUUAAGGCCCGCCGUCCCGUCAUCAGGCCCAACGGUGGCUUCUGGCGCCAGCUUAUUGAGUACGAGAGGAAGCUGUUCGGUAGAAACUCUGUUAAGAUGGUCCAGACGCCCUAUGGGGUCAUUCCUGAUGUUUAUGAGAGGGACCGCAGGAGCCUGGCUCCAUACUGGGGCCUGUGAGAGAAGAUCUACUAACCGUCCACAGUGAGGGAUUGAGGAGGAAAGUAAAGAUGAGCCCUCUUGGCCUCCUGGCCUGCUGGUUCAGGAUGGGCGAAGUGAGAUGUGUGAGUGUACAACUGCGUGAAGCUUAUUUAAUGAAUACUGGUGUGUUUGGACUGAGGAAGUCUAACCAAAGCUGGUUGUUGAUGGUGCUGCUGUUCUUCCAACCAGUUGCCUCCAUUUAGUCUGGAAGCAAGGCGACUUCAAGCCCAGAGCCCUUUUGGACCAAAGCAUUGAUUUGGACCACAAUGAUGUCAGACACCAAAACAAGAUGAAACUCAGUGCUGGGAGGGAUGCAGUGAGUGCUCUGUGAAGGUGUUAGUUGAGACUCUGCAGCUCUGAUGUGACUGAAGUCCUUUUCCUGACGUGAUGUGGUGAUGGUAUUGUGCCAGUUUUGCAGUAGUCUUUAGUGUGAAGGGCAGCAGCAUGCUCUUGAUUUAUGGUAGCAUUUAAGAUAAGUGUACAGAAAAAAAUACAUUAACAAAUGAUUUUAUUGGAAUGUACUGAUAGUGAGCAAAAAAAAGGUUAGGGCACAUUUUAACUGAACAUUCAGAGAUGUUAGUAUACCUACCUUUGUAAAGGUGUAAAAAUCUAGAGGAGCUAAAAGCAAAGGUUUAGGGAAAGUUCCUGUGUACCACAGGGUUGACUGUUCUGUCCUGUGACCACACUAUGUUAUUGUAGUGCUAUUGGAUGCCGUAUUAAAAAAAAAAAUUAUCUGCUGCCUCAAGGGAAGCUUUAUGAUAGAUGCUUUGAAGAGUAUUUUCUAUCCCACUGUUCUUGCCUUGUGUCCGUAUUUGGGUAAGGUUGAAAAAAGAUUGGUGUGGUACAGAAAACACGUUUUAUUUCUCUGUGUGAACUGGCCUAGUUCUGUGGUUUGGUGCAGCUUUGCUGCACGUGCUGUCCAUGCUCCAAAAGUACUGUUAAAGCACUGAAGUUGUAGGGCAAGAUGAAAAAAAUUAUACUGCAAUAAAACACCAUCGUCAAGACUUUGCCACCAACAAACUUUGUGCAUCCUUAAGGUCUAACAAACAUGUUGAAUACAUUCCCUUCCUUAUAAAACACUUGCAAAGCAGGGGUUUUCAGUAUUUUGAAUCCACCUUCUAUCUGGACCGUGCUUACUUGCUAGCAGUGUUGUCCUUCACUGCCUUUACUGACGCCUUUGCACUGUUUCUUGGCACUGUUUCUUGGCCACCUGUGGAUCAGUGGAAAAGCACGAAACCUUCGGCAGGAUUAUGUCUCAUGUGGCCCACAGGCUAAGUCUGACAAAUUCUUUAAAACAGUAAAGAACAGUGAAACAUCUCCAUUGAUGAUGUGCGUUGAUCGAUGAUGCCCAAACCUGCUCACCAGCAGCAUAUUGACCCACAUUCCUGCGUGUUGACUCAUAUCAAUGCGUUGCGUGGCGCUGUGUGUGUGAAACAGGAGCCAGUUUGCACACCUCAGAUGACGCAAAUGCUGCGCAAAGUCUCAAAGUCUCUGCAUCUCGGUGUGUGUUACGUAUACACCCAUCAGCUGCAACAUUAAAACCACCUGCUUAAUACUUUGUAGGUCCCUCUUGUGUUGCCAAAACAGCUCUGACCUGUCGGGAGAAGGGACACAGGACAUCUGGGGGUGUUUUGUGGUUAUCGAUAUCGGAAUGUUUGAUCCUUUUGGUCCUGUGCAUUGAGGGUGGAUUUGACUUAUUCUGGUGCAUCCCGCAGAUUCUCAGUCGGGUUGGGAUCUGGAAAGUGUGCAGACCAUCAUCGUGGUCCUUGAGACAUUCCUGAGCUGUUUUUGAAAGGUGAUGGGCUACAUUGUCCAUUGGAGGUGGGAGGUGUGUGUGUCAGAGAACAUCCACAUGAUUCACAGAACCCAAGGUUUCCCCACAGAACAUUGCAUUGUAAACAGGUGAUCAGUGUUAUUCAUUUCAUCUGUCAGUGUUUUAAUGUUGCGGCUGAUCGGUGUACAUCAGUGUAAUUGCUUGCGGUGUAAAGUGCUUAUUUUGUCUGACAAAAGAUGAAAAGAUAUUGACAGUGAUAUAACACAGUUAAAAACUCUAAGUUCUAACGUUGCAGAACCAGAGAAAAAUGAUUAUCAAAAUUGUUCACAGUUGUAGUAAUUCUGUUAUGUGUCGCAGUGGGCAGGGAGUGUAUGCUGGUAGUUCUGUGUUGCGGUUUCUUGACUCUCUCCCCUACACUAGCAGUGCAGUAUGAUACUGCUGCUGGGUGUGGUCAGGCGUCGGACGGACCACACGCAGUAGUGGUAUUGUUGGAUGUGGUCACAAAUGCAACAGAGUUGACAUUGUAAGCUGAUACAGACCAGUGCAGCCAAUGCUUUUUCAACAAUGCCAUAACAUAUUACGUGUGAUAUUACAAUAAAAAAAUAAAAGUUCAGGGGUGAGUAAUGAUUAGCAGGAGAAAGAUGCAUAAUCUGUAAUCUGACUUCAAACUAUUUCAUGCCCCACAAGAGUUAUAUUAAAAUAAUUUUAAAAAUCAA